GUGACAUGACGUGAAUGUUGGUUGUUUAUUAGUUGUUCUAAACCACAGUUUUUAACCUAGAUCGUUUGUUGUCUAAUUGGUUCUUGUAAUCAAUUAAUAUGUAAUAAUGAUUGAUAAGCUACGAUGCCGGUUAUUGUUUUUUUAUAUUACCUGUUAGCGUAAGCAACUUAUUUUGAGUCACUACAGUAAAUUUUCAUUUUUCGAACAUGAUACCAGCAUCGGAAGGGCAACAAAGGAAUCCUCUUGUUUUCUUGGAAAUAGCAAUCGAUGGAGAAAAAGCUGGCCGCAUAACUAUAGAGUUGAGAAGUGAUGUUGUACCAAAUACAGCUGAGAACUUUCGUGCCCUUUGCACUGGAGAGAAGGGUAUUGGUGUUUAUAAGAGGCCUCUACAUUUCAAAGGAGUUAGAUUCCAUAAAGUCAUGUCCCAGUUUAUGGUACAAGGCGGAGACAUAGUGAAUGGAGAUGGCACGAGCGGGGAAAGUAUCUAUGGACCAAUAUUCAAAGAUGAAAAUUUCAUGUUAAAGCACGAUGCAGGCGUACUCAGUAUGGCGAACAAAGGGCGCGCUCACACAAACGGCUCGCAGUUCUGCAUAACGACGGUCCCGUGCCCGCAACUGGACGGGACUAACGUUGUGUUUGGGCGGGUGCUGACCGGUCUCGGCCUUGUCCUCGAGAUGCAGCAGUAUGGGGACGAAAAUGGCAGACCACGGCUGGAGUGCGUGGUGAUAGACUGUGGCGAAUUGGACCCAGGAGACCCUGGCGGGGGUGAACUAGGCCCCGGCCGCCUACCUGACUACCCAGAGGACUAUCCGCAAAUGGAACUGCUCACUUUAGAACAAUUUAUUAACAGUAUUACGGAAGUGAAAAGCAGUGGCAAUGCGCUAUUUAGAGAGGAACGGUACAAGGCGGCCGCGAGGAGGUAUCACAAGUGUUUGCGGUACCUGCAGGUCAUCAACAAACGCGCAGAGAAGCUUCAAGACAUAACCCAGCAAUACAGUUUUUCCGAGAUCGUAGCGACGUACACGCAACAGUGCCAUCUGAACCUGGCCGCGUGUUAUAUCAAGCUGGAAGAUCAUAGAAUGUGCAUUAAAAGCUGCAAUGAGGUGCUCGAAUUUGAACCACGUAACGAGAAGGCUUUAUACAGGCGCGCGCAAGCGAACUACGCGCUGAAAAACUACGACAGCGCUCUGUCGGACUUGAAAAUCGCCGAGAGAGUAUCGCCCAACAACAAGGCGGUGCAGAAGCUGCUCGACGAAGUGCGCAUCACCAACAAGAGCUACAACGACGUACAAAAACAGAGGCUGUCAAAAUUUUUUCGUGACCAAAAAGAGAAAGACGUCGGAAUCGGAAAUAACUGAACUAAGGUUGAGAGUAGUGAUAUAUAAUCUAAGUUAAGGUAAACGAAUUUAGUGAAUGCCUUCUUAUUUUUUUUUAACUGCUGAUGUCGAUGGGUUGCGUAACGUGCGAUUUAUUUUGACGUUCUACAGCAAAAACUGUCCUUUAGUGCAUUCCGGUACAUGUUACUGGCAUGUUCGUAAAAAGAUACUUUUUAUAAAAAAAAAAAACUACGAAUUUAUUCUUAUUUUAAAAUUAUAAAAAAAGUUGGAGGAACCGUAGAUGGAAUCAUAUUUUUUAUACACUUUGUAUAAUUGACAGUUUUUGACAAGAAACGUCACUGACUGGUCAAAAUAAGCGCUUCGUGUUGAUUUAGUGCGCUUAUUUUUCAAUGUAUUAAACAUCUGGUUGUAAUUUUUAUAUAUCGAUGCUGAUUGCCAUAAAAAAAAAAGAGAAUUCGAAAACCAUAAUGUACAAAUAAAUAAGGGGACUGUAUUAAUUUAUAAUUCUAGUUUAUUUGUUAGGCAAAUGAACUUGUGCCUGACGUUGAAUUAUUUUGGGAUACUUAUUGUAAUAAAAUUUAAUAGUUGGACCAAAACUAAAACUCAGUAGAGUACCAGUGAGGUAUGAUAGGUAAAUGUAGGCAGUCAGGCUAGUUGAAAGAAUCACGAUGGUUUCCAGGAGAGACCGUGUGGGAGUCGACUUGAUAGGGUAUAUCUUUGUUAAAAGGUGAAAAUAGAAUGGUAACCUCACCUGUGCUAUCAGCAUAUUCUGGCAGGACGCUAGAGAAUAUAGGUGAGGAUGCAAGCAGGUCAUUCGGUUUACUGUGAUGAAUUUAACAGGAACGAACCACGAUGGUUUCCAGGGGGAACUACGUGAAGGUCUACGUGAUAGGUAGCUAGCAAUGGGUCAUCGGGGAGAAAAGGGAUUGUUAGUUAUGAGGUCUAAUAGCCCCAUUGCUAGCAAUAUACCUUAUCAGGUCGACCUCCAUGCGGUUUCUUCUGGAAACAAUCGUGGUUAAUUCUUGAAGAAAUCUUCAUGAUGGGCCGACUGAUCUGCCUUCAUCUUCACCUAUCAACUAUCACUGGUACCCCACCAGUGUAUGCCGAUAGCGCAAGCUGGGUUACAAUUCCAUUUUUACACAUGAAAAAAUAAAUGGGUUUACUAGACUCCGCUAUUAACAACCGGCAUUUCCAAAUUUUAUAAACGUGUAAGACUUAAGAAUCCUGAAUGAAAGAUUUCAGCGAUUAUAAACUAUAGUUUCUACCUACCCUUACUACUUUCUGUAGUCCCCUGGCUUUGGAUAAGUUCCAACGGCCCACCUGAUAAAAAGUGGUAACUGUCGCCUAUAGACAUGAGCAGCAUGAUGUACCGAAGUUUUAUCUCCAUGGUCUCAGCAUCUAUAAGCUAAGUCCGUGAUAUAUUUUUUUUAAUUAUUUCGUGCAAGUCAAUGCUUUCGAAUAAGUUUUAUUUGGGACCUUAUUAAUUAAGGAUUAGGGUCUUAUGUUAAAAGUAUAAGUAUUCCAAAAUAUACACUGCCAUUCGAUUUAUUUAUAUUUUAAGCUUUAGCUAAAAAUUGUGUGUCACAUAAAAAUGUUUCAUUGUGAAAGUUGGAUGUAAUAUA